AAACUUUGUCCAUUUAAACUCCCCUCCAGUUCCUGGGAUAUUAUCAGAGCCAAUGUCUACGCCCUACAGGCCUGGCUAAUCGCUAUGAUUACUAAUGGCGACUAUUGACACAUCCUCUCACGCCGCCAGAGGAAUAACAAUGAUGAUGUCAUUUUUCCCGCCCAUAUCCUCUCUCGUAUAUUGUAGCGCGGUGACGACACUCAGCCACGCCCACUCAGUCACAGACUUCCUUUUCCUUUCCUAGGGCUGCGCCUCUUUUCCUCAUAGCCAUCUGAUAGCGAAUCCCUCUUUCCCUGCCAACCAAUCAGGGAACUACAUUAUUCAUACGCUCGCCGCCCCAACCAAUCAUUAGCCUCCUCAGUCUCUGGGCCGGGAAAUAGGGGUGUGGCCGCUCGAGUCUGGGGAAACAAAGAGAGGAAAAAAGGCGAGCGGCCGGGCCCCUGUGUUGUAGAAAUUAACGGGGCCGGUGCGGCGGGGUUGGAUUUCCGAGUAGCGGGGCUGCGGCAGGAUGAGGUUGUGUGUCCGGGGGAAGAGGCGCCAGUGACCGCCCGAGUCUCCCUCAGCUCUUUGUGCCGCGAGCGCAACAUGCCGGGAGGAGCCUCCUGGAGAGCCGGGGCCGAGCUGUUGCUGCUGGAGCCCGAGGAGAUGAGGUUGAGGCUGGCCACGCUGAGUCUGGAGGAGGAGGACGAGGAGAGGCCGGGGGAGGAGGAUGCGGAGGAGGCAGCGGCUCUGCUCAUGGGCGGUGCGGGGUGUCAGGCCGCUUUUCCCCCAGGGAGUGCGGAGCGGACCGGCCGCAGGAAGAGCGUCAAUACCAAUGAACUGGUGCCCGUGCCCAGCUCUGAGCAUGUGGCGGAGAUAGUGGGGCGUCAGGGUUGCAAAAUCAAAGCUCUGAGGGCCAAGACAAACACUUAUAUAAAGACACCGGUCCGUGGGGAAGAGCCAGUAUUCGUGGUUACUGGAAGAAAAGAGGAUGUAGCCAUGGCUAAAAGGGAAAUCCUUUCAGCUGCCGAACACUUUUCUAUGAUAAGAGCAUCUCGCAACAAAAAUGCCCCCCCUGUGGGCAACGUACAGUGUGCCCCAAACCUACCAGGUCAAACUACAGUUCAGGUGAGGGUACCUUACCGAGUCGUUGGUCUUGUUGUUGGUCCGAAGGGAGCUACAAUUAAACGGAUACAGCAACAGACACACACUUACAUAGUCACUCCAAGCCGUGAUAAAGAGCCAGUCUUCGAAGUAACCGGGAUGCCGGAAAACGUAGAUCGCGCACGUGAGGAAAUAGAGAUGCACAUAGCCAUGCGCACUGGCAAUUUCAUCGAGCUUAAUGAUGAAAACGAUUUCCACUAUAAUGGUACCGACGUGAGUUUUGAAACUGGAAACAUGGCCUCUGCAUGGCUGAGUGCACAUCCAACUGCUCCCAGCCGGAAUAGAAUGAUCUCCAACUACAGAAAUGAUAGCUCCAGUUCUCUGGGUAGCGGCUCCACUGAUUCCUUUUUGGGAAAUAGCAGAUUGGCUGAUUUUAGUCCUUCAAGUCCCUUCAGCACAGGCAGUUUCUGGUUUGGAGAAACCAAUCCCCCUAUGGGAUCAGAAGAUCUAAGUGAUGCAUCUGCUUUUGACCAAAUACCAUCAUCUUCUGAAACCAUCUGGGCACCCUUUGAUACAGGAAACUCACUCUCUGCUUAUGGUGGUGAUGCCGGCACAAAAUCUCAACGUAGAGGAAGUCUGUCUCCGACCUUCCCUGAGAAUGUGGAAUAUUCCCUAACGAAAAGUUUUCGAAGUGACCUUUCAAGCACAAGCGAGCCAGGUCAUCCUAUCUACAUCCCUGCGUUCUCCAACGGCAGCAACAGCUAUUCUUCUUCCAAUGGCGGAUCCACCUCCAGUUCGCCGCCUGAGACAAGACGGAAGCACGACUGCGUUAUCUGCUUUGAUAAUGAGGUUAUUGCUGCCCUGGUUCCAUGUGGCCACAACCUUUUCUGUAUGGACUGUGCCAACAAGAUCUGUGAGAAAGAGUUCCCGUUGUGUCCUGUGUGCCAGUCCCAGGUCAAUCAGGCAAUCCAGAUACACUCCUAAUUGUGCAAAUAUACACCCACUCGCACAAGUGUAUGGAGGAGAGCAUGGGUUAGGCUACAGUUAGUAAAUUUGCUGCUACCCCACUAUAAAUGAGGGUGGAUAAGCUGUUGGACAAGGAGGGUGGUUUAGAGGAUGUUUGUUGGUGUUUAGAAUAUGGUAAAUUAUGAUUUACAGAUCUAGUUUACAUUCUUAGUAUGGAAUAUUAUGUUUACAGAGAACAAACAUCAGUUUUUUAAAAGAUAUUUCACUGCCUUUUUAUAUUCCUUUAUCACAAAGGAACGACACACGACAACAGGUACACUUCUAAUCCGUCUAAUGCUACAGUAUUGACUAUAUUGCCUAGUUAUGUUGCUAUUACGGUGUACGAGCAGGUCACCUAACUGUGCAAAACUACCACAGGGACGUCAAAGCCAGCCAAAACCAUUAACUGUAGUCGCUUGUUCAAAUGAGACGGUUAUUAGUACGACACUUGUGGGCCUUUAGGGGUGUUCAAAUGCACAAGCUCUGGCUAAUGUAGAGGAUUUGACAUUCCAUUGAUUAGUCUGAUGAAGUUUAUCGUUUUACGCAAUUUAAAUUAAUUGUAAAUGUGAAUGAAUUUUAUGAGCCACCCACGACUCAAACACUACUUUUAAUUUAGGCAAGGGAUGGACUGUGCUUCGGAGGCUUUGCACCCAUGAAACUUAAGGUGGCCAUAGACGCACAGAUAUCGUACGGAGCAAUUUUUCGUGCGGUAUUCAGUGCGUGUAUGGUGGGAAAAGAGCCGACUGAUAUUGGCAGAAGACGUGGAUAUCGGUUGGCUCAUUGAUUGGGCUGGAUGGAAAAUUUUGAUCGGGUGCCUUUGAAGGGACCCAAACAUCGGCCAUUGCAAGUGCUGAAUCGUCAAAUACAGGUAGAAUUCUAUUGUUUCUACCUGUGUAUCUGACAAUUUAGCUCUACACGUGUGUAAUGAAACUAGCAAUCUUUCUUGGAAAGAUCUUUUCCAGGAAAGAUCGUAAUUGUUACGUCUAUGGCCACCUUUACAGCCUGCGUAGAAGAUACGAGGACAGGGCAUUUUUACUUCCCUAGUCUAUCGUGGUUCUAAACAGUUAGUCCCAAGCCCCACUGAUGUUUUCAGCCUGUGGAUGUCUUUCGUUUACGCCUUUCAGUACGUUUUUAAGUGUUUGCAUCAAAUAUGCAGAACGGGAUCUCCCUCUGGAUUUUCUAGUAAUAUUUUUGAAAGUUUUUUUUUUUUUUUCCAAGGUAAUUUUAUUUUCCACGGUAACACAAAUUAAAGUUAAGUCUGUGUACUGACAAGUAAAUAUAUAUAGAUAUAUAUAGAAAAAUCUUUAUUUUUAUUUCCACUUGAAGUUACAUUUCGUAAAAAAAGAAGUUUACAAAUUUUUUUUUUUUCAGUAUACAAAUUGCCUUGAUGGCAUAUUAUAAUGUAAUGCAAACCUUUACUGCUAAUUGCUUGUAGACUAGUUGCGUCAGUAUUGAACCUUUUAACCUGUAGCUGCCGUUGUACGCACAAAUGUUCGGCAAGCAUGUAUUUUAUAUUAUUAAGCAUUGUACACGGCAACUAACAAAGCCAAGGAACUAACCUAUUAUAUCAGCAGCGUGUAAAAUAUAUAUAUAUAUAUAUAUAUAUACACAUGCUACAGAAGCUACGAUGACGAUAUACAGUAUCAAUAUACAAUAUAGUUUAGUAUUUGCUAACUUUACUACACUUUUGUUAUGUAUAUGUAGGAACAUAAUAGGGAAUAUAAAUUCAGUAUGAGUAAAGGUUUUAAAAAAAAAAAACAUAUAUUUUAUGAUAAAGGGCCUUUAACUUAUUAUGGCCAAAGCACUGAUAUAUAUUUGCUGUAAAGAGAAUUAUAAGAGUUUUAUUUUUCGGAUAUUAAAAGUUAAUAAAGACUUGUUUCCAUUAACUUAUAUUUGA